AUGCUGAAAUCCGGCCUUCAAAGAGGUGUUGUUGUGUCUAAGAGACUCCAGGUAUGAAUUUGAUUGUUUUGUUUAUUUUUAGGUUUGGUACUUGAUAAUUAACGUUGUUAAUAUGCUUUGAAGGUUAAUUUUGUUAUUUUCAAACGAGAGUUUGGCUGAAAAAACAGAUUUUAGCUGUUUUUUUAUAUAAACUAACAUAAUAUUUAAUUUAUACAUUUUAAUAUAUAUAUUUUUUCAGAGUGGUUUCUCUAAGAAAGCCAGAGAUGUUUUGUCUUCUACUGAUGCUACAUUGAGCGAAUUGACCAACGGUGUUCGUGUUGUAUCUGUCAACAACAACAAACCAGUCACUACUGUAAGUUAUGUUGUUCUUUUUUUGGUUUUUGCUUUUAAAAAUCAUUUUUUUUGUUUUAUUAGAUUAUAUAUUUAAUUUAUGUUUUUAGCUUGGAGUUUGGGUUGAUUCUGGUUCAAGGUACGAAACCGAGGACAACAAUGGUGUUGCUCAAGUUUUGGAGAAUUUGCUCUACAAAGUAAGGUGUUUUAUUAUGUAUUUUGGUGUUUAGGACUAUUUUUAUUGAUACAGAAGGUUGAUAAUGGUCUAAUGAAGGUUAUAAUAACAAUUUUUGUUAGUGUUUUAAAGAAAUCACGUUGUUUUGAUUAAUAUUAAUGUUGUUUAUUCUUCAAAAUGUUCUUUAAUGAACUUUUUAAAUUUAGAAGUAAUUUUUUCAAGAUAUAUUAAAAAUAUGUUUAUAGGGUACUGCCAAGCGCUCAACCAAGCAAUUGCAAGCUGAUUUGGCCAAGUACGGAGCUCGUUUGAACUCUUUCACCAGCCGUGAUCAUGCUGCCUACUUUGUUCAAGUUGAGAACAAGAACAUUGAACCAGUAACCGAGAUUUUGGCCGAUGUUCUUCGUAAUUCUAAGUUUGACCAAGCUGAUGUUGAAGCCGCUAAACAAGUGGUUUUGAAACAGCUGGAUGAAGUAGAACAGAAUCACGAAGAAGUGGCUUAUGACUACCUUCACAUGACCGCUUUCCAAGGAACUGGGCUCGGUUUGUCUCCAUAUGGCCGCGUUGAAGCUGUUCAGUAAGUAAUGAGAUGUUUGUAUAAAAAAGUGCUUUAUAACCUAUUCUUUUGGCAUUUAUGGCUUAAAAAUUAAAUUUCGUUACCUAAAAUUAAAAAAUUUAAAUUCAGGAACCUCUCUCGCCAAGAUGUGAUUGACUUUGCCGAUGAUCACUACAAAGCCGACCGUGUUGUGGUAGCUGCUGUUGGAGGUGUAGCUCACGGCCAAUUGGACGCUUUCGCCAAGGCCAACUUUGGCGAUUUGUCCAACGAGUACAAACGUGCUGUUCCGGCUCCAAUGGGAACUCGUUUCACCGGAUCCGAAUUCCAAUACAGAGACGAUGACUACCCAAACUUGUACGCUGCUAUUGCUGUUGAAGGUGUUGCCAACGGACAUCCAGAUGCCUUGGCUUUGCAGGUAUAGAGAUUUUUUGCUUGUUUUUGGUUUUUAGGUGCAAACUUAUACUUUAAGUAUAAUUUUCAUUUUUCAGCUAGCCGCUCAAUUCACCGGCCAAUGGGACGUGACCCACGGAACCGGCAUCAACGCUCCCGUAAAGGCAGUUCAACGAACUAGCCAGCUUAAUGGCCUUAUCAGCUUUGAACCAUUCUGUGUCCACUACGCCGAUACCGGUCUCUUUGGUCUGCGCUGGGUAAGCACCGGUUUGGAUCAAGAAGACUCGCAUGACAUCGUUUCGGCCGCUCAAAGACAAUGGAAACACCAGGCGACUGGAGUCACCGAACAAGAAGUCGACCGUGCCAAGAAUCAACUGAGAUCCGUGUUGUUGAGCCGCCUCUCCAACAGCACUGCUUUGGCUCAUCAUUUGGCUACUAGAGUAGGUUUAGUGGGUUGAGGUGGUCAACCUUCUAAAAAUUUUAUGUUCUUUUUACGCCCCCCCCCCUAUUUAAAUUUUGGUCUCACUAAUUAUUGAUAUUGUUGUAGGUCCUGCACACUGGCGAUGUCGAGAACCUCAGCGAACUGGAAGAGAAGCUCCGCCGCCUGAACGCGGGCAACGUGCGCGAAGCCGUGAGUCGCCACGUCUACGACCGUGACCUGGCUAUGAGCGGGGUCGGCAAAACCGAAGCCCUGUGCAACUACAUCCAAAUCCGCCACACCCAAUCCUGGUGGAGACUAUAG